AUGCUGGGGAAAGAUAAGCACCAUGAAGCCCAAACUCUGGGAGUCGGUAAAGCUAUCGCAGUGCUUACAUCAGGAGGAGAUGCACAAGGAAUGAAUGCAGCUGUACGAGCAGUGGUGAGAGUGGGUAUCUACACUGGUGCCAAAGUGUACUUUGUGCAUGAGGGUUACCAAGGACUGGUCGAUGGAGGUGACCACAUUCGGGAAGCCAGCUGGGAAAGUGUGUCAAUGAUGCUGCAGUUGGGUGGCACAGUAAUAGGAAGUGCGCGAUGCCAAGAUUUCCGAGCUCGAGAGGGGCGUCUUAAAGCAGCAUGUAACCUUGUGAAGAAAGGAAUUACUAACCUGUGUGUCAUUGGAGGAGAUGGCAGUCUGACAGGAGCAGAUACUUUCAGAGCAGAGUGGAGUGGACUACUAGCCGACCUAUUGAAAGCAGGGAGAAUAUCAUCUGAUGAGGCCAGCAAGUCUGGCUACCUGAAUAUCGUCGGUAUGGUGGGUUCCAUUGACAAUGAUUUCUGUGGCACAGAUAUGACUAUUGGAACUGAUUCCGCUCUUCACAGAAUUAUGGAGAUAGUGGAUGCAAUUACUACAACAGCACAAAGUCACCAAAGGACCUUUGUUCUUGAAGUCAUGGGUCGCCACUGUGGAUACUUGGCUCUAGUAACAGCUCUGGCUUGUGGAGCAGAUUGGGUUUUUAUUCCAGAGUCUCCGCCAGAAGAAAACUGGGAAGAACAUCUCUGCAGAAGAUUAAGUGAGACUAGAGGUCGUGGAUCAAGGUUAAACAUUAUAAUCGUUGCUGAAGGAGCUAUUGACCUGAAUGGUAAACCUAUUACAUCAGAAGAUGUUAAAAGCCUAGUUGUAAAACGCCUUGGGUAUGACACAAGAGUCACCGUUCUUGGACACGUUCAGCGUGGUGGAACUCCUUCAGCUUUUGACAGAAUUCUGGGAAGUCGAAUGGGUGUUGAAGCUGUCAUGGCUUUGCUGGAAGGUACACCAGACACACCUGCUUGUGUGGUCAGCCUGUCUGGAAAUCAAGCAGUCAGACUGCCACUAAUGGAGUGUGUGCAAGUGGUAAGUUCAUUCUGCUCCGUUCUGAAUAUACAAGAACCUGCCUAUUAA